AUGAAAUAUCUUUGUAGCAUUCUGUCUACAAUUUUAUUACUUAGUAGCACUGUGGCAUGUCACAGUGUGAAUAAUAAGCAAUUACUAUGGGUGGAGCCUGUUUCCACAGUAAAACUAGAGAUCGCACCACGUUCUGAUCAAUUCUUUGCCAAGCGAGAUAUCUCACAAAAUAGCAACUACCAGCCCAAUGUGCGCUCGUUACAAUAUGACGACUCACUGCGAUUAUCAGUCAAUGCAUACAACAAAACCAUGUUCCUUCAUUUGGCCCCCAAUCUUGACCUAUUUCAUCCUAAUGCCGUUAUUCACACCAACGGCAUAUCCACCAGAGUGAAUCCCGUCGAUUUCAGAGUGUAUCACGGCUAUGUGAUUGAUGAUAUCUACUCAGAUCAUUGGUGGAUCUCCGGUUUGUUGCAAGAUGAACAAGACAUGGAGAAUCAGCCAGGUGUAUUAGGCUGGGCGAGAAUAGUGGUUCGAAAUGAUAUCAAGCAUGAUUUGGACCAUCCGCUGUUUGAAGGCGCUUUUACAGUCUAUGGAGAUACCCAUCAUGUUAAAUUAACAGACAACUAUCGGCUCACUAAACGAUCCGACGAUGCUGACCUGAACGGCAAUUUAGCCCGUAUGAUCAUCUACCGUGAUUCUGAUACCGUUUUGAAAGAAAUGAUCUCAGAAACCCACAAUAGUGGUGAAUGUGGCUUUGAUAGAUUAACCCACAUCUCAAAGCGUGCCUACAACCCACUUACUCUUGAUUUCAAUGUAAACAAUAACAACAAUUUUGCAGUAAGAAACUCUUAUCGUGACAUUUUCAACGGCGGCGAUGGCACCGGUAAAACGCUUGCCAAACGAGCUCCCACUGGUUGUCCCACAUCCAAAAGAGUGCUUUAUAUGGGUGCAGCGGCAGAUUGUACCUAUGUUAAGUACUAUCAGUCAGCCGAUAAUGCUCGUAUGCAAAUCAUCAAUGAUUGGAAUUCCGUUAGUUCGGUUUACUCAAAUACAUUCAAUGUGGGUAUCGGCCUGAUCAACAUUACCAUCAUGGAUUCCAAUUGCCCCGCCACACCCAAUACUGCGACAAACUGGAAUCAAGCUUGCUCAACUGCUUAUUCUAUUUCAACAAGAUUGAGUGAUUUCAGUCAAUGGAGAGGCCGUAUUGGAGAUGAUGGUGCUGGACUAUGGCAUUUGAUGACCAACUGCGCCACUGGCGCUGAAGUCGGUAUUGCUUGGAUGAGCCAAGUGUGUAAUACAGGUGCUAUUAGAUCAAGCUCUACCGGCGAAUAUACAUCUGGCACUGGGGUGUCAUCUAUUAUUCGUGACGAGUGGAAGGUUGUUGCGCAUGAAAUCGGUCAUGGCUUUGGCGCAAUUCACGACUGCACGUCUCAAAACUGCCCCUGCUCUGGAUCAAGCUGUGGAUGCUGUCCGUACAGCUCCUCUCAAUGUGACGCUGGAGGAAAAUACUUUAUGAAUCCUACAAGUAAUGCCUCGUCCGACGCCUUUAGCCCUUGCAGUAUCUCUACCAUUUGUUCGACCAUGUCUGAUUUCACCAGCUGUUUGCAAACUCCUGGAUCAAGAAACACCACCUCUUUGCAGCAAUGUGGUAACGGUAUCAAGGAAACAGGCGAAGACUGUGAUACAGGUGGACAAGAUAGCGCUUGUUGCGACGCCAAAACAUGUAAAUUCAAGGCGGGUGCUGUAUGCGACGAUUUUAAUGACCUGUGUUGCAACAACUGUCAAGUGCGUCCUGCCAAUUACACAUGUCGUCCUGCUUCUACUGAAUGCGAUAUUGCUGAAGUCUGUUCUGGUACAUCGGGUGAUUGUCCUGAAGACAAGUACAAAGACGACCUCACAAGCUGCGGCAACGGCCUCCAAUGUGCCUCUGGUCAAUGUACAUCACGCAAUACCCAAUGUGUCUCUCGUGGCUCCAGCAUGAACAUCACCAAGGCAUGUGGUGCCGAUAGUGGAUGUGGCGUUACCUGUCAAUCACCUGGAUCUGCCAUGAGCUGUUAUCAAUUUCCAGGUUACUUUGUGGAUGGCACUCCUUGUGGUUUAGGCGGUGUGUGCAAGGCUGGUUCUUGUGAUAGCAGUAACUUUGGUAACAAUGCAAAGAACUGGAUUGAUAGCCAUCUGCAAAUUGUCAUUCCUGUGGCUAUUGUGGUGGGCUUAUUGCUCCUGUUUUGCUUAUUCCGCUGUUGUUGCUAUGGUGAUAGAAGUGGAUACAACAAUAUUGGAAAAACUACCACCUAUGUGAUCCCAGGUCAGCCACAACAGCAGUACCCUGCUCAAUACAGCAAUACACAACCACCCUACUACCCUCCGCCUCCUCCAGGCCAGCCGCCUUACUAUGCUCCUCCCAAUUCGGGUUGGGUCGAUCCAGCCUUGUACAAUGGAAGAUCUGCUGGCAACUACACUCCUCAGCAACCCUUGCCCGUAUACUCUCAAAACGAUAAUCAUCAAAAUGCGUAUGAACUCAACAAUGCUAAUCAAUGGCAAAGCAGCACUAACCGUGGCAUGGCAAGUCCUCUCAUACCGAGUUCCCCAGCUCCUGGUUAUCAAAUGCCAUCAGGUCCCUCGCCAGCACCUGUCAGUUCGCCUCGUAUGGGUGCUCCUGCACCACCCAACCAUGGCACAGAAGGCAGACCCUAUCGUGAAGGCAUCAUUUAG